AUGUCCGACAUAUCACUCUCAGAUCUCGCCUGGAUAACGCGCGAAGAGCUCUCCUCGCACAUGCUCGGCUCCGAUGCCGCACCCCAAUUACCAGACCACAUUGCCGUCAUCGACGUACGCGAUUCUGACCACAUUGGUGGACACAUUAAGGGUAGCACUUGGGUCCCGAGCUCAGAGCUCGACUACAAAACUCCUGAACUCGUGCGCACGCUCAAGGACAAGGAAGUCGUGGUCUUCCACUGUGCGCUAUCUCAGCAGCGAGGGCCAAGCGCCGCGCUGCGAUAUCUACGCGAGAAGCGGAGGCUGGAUCCGCAGUCCAAGACGGAGGGCAAAGGUGAGGAUGCCAAGAAGGACGAGAAGGGCCAGAAGGUCGUCGUCCUAACCGGCGGCUUCACCCAGUGGCAGGAAAAAUACGGAGCGGAUAAACGGCUGACCGAGGGCUGGAAAAAGGACAUCUGGGAAUUUGGCUACUGA